AUGCAAUUAUUAAAAUUUAAAAAAAAUGGAGUGCUAAAAGUAGACUCUUUAAAGGAUAUUUACGGAAAUAAAAAAAUAUUAAAAGACUAUAUAACUACACUACACAUAGACUCCAAUAAACCAAUUAAGGAUUUUCAACUCCCACAAUAUAUAGAAACAUUAACUUUUGACCAAUUUAACCGACCCAUUUCUUUAAACCUACUGCCACAUAGUAUCACCGAUUUGGACCUAGGCUUUCAUUUUAACCAUCCCAUCCAGCCCAACACCCUACCCCCAUCUUUAAAGACCCUUGCAUUUUCAAAUAAAUUUAACCAACUUCUCUCAGAUGGUGUCAUACCUGUCAGUGUCGAAACCCUUAUUUUCGGUGAUAGCUUUAAUCAAUCUAUUUCACCGGGUCAUCUUCCUCCACUUUUAAAAACCCUCAUCUUUGGUUGCAAUUUCAAUCAAACUAUCAAAGAAAACUGUAUACCCAAAAGUGUUAGAGUAUUAGAAUUUGGCUUUAAUUUUAACCAGAAAUUUUUAAGAGAAGGUAUCAUCCCUGAAGGAGUAGUCGAGCUAGAGUUUGGUUUUUCUUUUAAGAACAACAUAGGUAUCGGUAUUAUACCAUCAACUGUCAGAAAAUUAAGAUUCAGAAAUAAAGAAAUGAAAUUAAAAAUAGAUUUGCGUAAUUAUAAAUCAAUAACCACAGUAAUUUUUUCAAACUCUUAA